AUGUCCAGCUGCCAGCCUUGCCCCCCUUGCUACCCGCCCUGCAACCCCUGCUACCCGCCCUGCAACCCCUGCUACCCUCCCUGCGGCCCCACCCCGCUGGCCAACAGCUGCAAUGAGUGCUGUGUCAGGCAGUGCCAGGACUCCACCGUGUUCAUCCAGCCCUCGCCCGUGGUGGUGACCCUGCCCGGGCCCAUCCUCAGCUCCUUCCCACAGAACACCGUGGUGGGAUCCUCCACCUCCGCUGCUGCUGGCAGCAUCCUCAGCUCUCAGGGAGUGCCCAUCAGCUCUGGGGGCUUUGACAUCUCCUGUAUCACCAACCGCUACUGUAACAGGAUCUGCUAAAGCUGCUGGUGACUGCCCCACAGAAGAACCCCCCGGAACCCGGAAGAUGGAAAUGGACUGAGC